CGAAUGUAGCGUCAUCCUUUCUGAUGUAGAGCCGUGCGGCGGCCUUUCUUCACCGACUCUCCGUUGUCCGCUGUAAUCUCACUACCUUAUCCCCAGGAUUCAGGUUCAAUUUUUCCCAUUAACAAUGACUCGAAGGUCGCCGUUGCUCGCCGCGUACUUGCUGUUUGUGCUCGCUUUGAGUUUUGAGGUUUCAGCGGACGGUUUGGUGAACGAUGACGUGAAGAGGACGGUAGACCUGAGCACUCAUCUCGCUAAGAUCACCGCUGAGAUCUUGCUGUCCAACCAAGGACAGUCCUCUGUCCAGAGCUUUAUAUUGGCUGUGGAUGCAGAACUGGCGCCUCACAUGGCAUACAUCGGAGCUUCGGUGAAGGGUGAUGAAGAGGAAGAUGGCACGCUUGAACUCCAACAGACAACAAUCCAGGGACAAAGUGGAGAGUUCUACAAAGUGAUGCUGCCCUCAUCUCUGGCUGCUGGGGCUCAGCUGAAAGUGAAGACGGAGAUGACAUUUAGCCAUGUCUUGAGGCCUUUCCCCACACAAAUCACCCAGGCAGAGCGUCAGCUGGUCAUCUUUCAAGGCAAUCACUAUAUGUACUCCCCGUAUCCCACCCGCAGCCAGACCACACGUGUCCGUCUGGCCUCCAAGACUGUGGAAAGCUACACCAAAUUUGGCAACCCGAGCAAGACCGAUGAGAUCAUUGAAUACGGGCCAUUCCGCGACGUCGCUCCAUUCAGUGAGGAUGCAAUGAAGAUCCAUUACGAAAAUAACACACCCUUCCUCACCAUCACUAGCAUCACUCGCACCAUUGAGGUGUCUCACUGGGGAAACAUUGCUGUUGAGGAAACCAUCGAUCUUAGGCACACAGGAGCCAUUCUGAAGGGUCCCUUCUCACGUUACGAUUACCAGCGUCAGUCGGACAGCGGCAUCUCCUCUGUCAAAUCCUUCAAGACCAUCCUUCCUGCCUCAGCUCAAGAUGUUUACUACAGAGAUGAGAUCGGCAACAUCUCUACCUCCCACCUGCAGAUCCUUGAUGACUCUGUGGAGGUGGAGGUCAGACCACGUUUCCCCCUCUUUGGAGGCUGGAAGACUCAUUAUAUCAUUGGCUACAACCUGCCAAGCUAUGAAUACCUCUACACCCUCGGUGAUCAGUAUGCACUGAAAAUGAGACUCAUCGACCACGUGUAUGAUGACCAGGUCAUCGACUACAUGACCGUGAAAAUCAUUCUACCAGAAGGUGCAAAAAACAUCCACGUGGACACACCUUACAAAAUAGAUCGAAUGCCGAACCAGCUGCACUACACGUAUCUGGACACAUUUGGUCGACCGGUUUUAGUCGCUACAAAGAACAACUUGGUGGAGCAGCAUAUUCAGGACUUUGUGGUUCAUUACACUUUCAACAAGAUCCUGAUGCUGCAGGAGCCUCUGUUAGUUGUGGGGGCUUUCUACAUACUCUUCUUCACCGUGAUCAUUUAUGUACGACUGGACUUUGCCAUCACAAAGGAUCCUGCAGCUGAGGUGCGGAUGAAGGUAGCCUCCAUCACAGAGCAGGUGCUCACUCUGGUCAACAAACGUCUGGGUCUGUACCGCCACAUGGAUGAGGUGGUCAACCGCUAUAAACAGUCUCGCGACACGGGCGCCCUCAACAGCGGGCGCAAGACCUUGGAGGCUGACCACCGCACUCUCACCAAUGAAAUCAGCUCUCUGCAGGCCCGCCUCAAGACGGAGGGCUCCGACCUGGCUGAAAAGGUUGGGGAGAUCCAGAAGCUGGACGGUCAGGUGAAGGAGCUGGUGUGCCGCUGCUGCUCAGAGGCGGAGCGUCUGGUUGCCGGUAAGGUCAAGAAGGAGACUUACAUUGAGAGUGAGAAGACUCUGACCGGCAAGAGACAAGAGCUCAUCAACCGCAUUGACAGUCUGCUGGAUGCUCUCUAAACGUUGCACACACACAGACACCCCUGCUUUUUAUGAAACCGAUGUGAAAUGUGACACUUACUGUUUUUUUCUUUUCAACCAUCAUUGCAUCCAGACAUGGACUAUCAACAUCUCAUUUUAUGGAAGUGAUGAGUUUAUCUGGACAUGUACCUCUGUGCCUGGGGAUAAACUUGUGGUCACUGUGCUGCAGAGCAGCUGACAUAACCGUGUUUGUUUCUGAUCUUUAUUUGAACGACCCCUUAAUCUCGGUUUCAUUUGCCUCAGAUUUCAUCUCCAUAUCAUUCGCGGGGAAGCAUGCAUGGGUUAAUGGACUGUAUUUGAAAAUGGGUCUCACAUCUUUACUCACACAUACUGUUUUCUGAAACUGAUGCGGUGAAUACAACAUUUUGCCCCGGACUGACAUUUUGAAUUUAAAGCUCUGAAGCUGCAUCAAGGCCAGCAUUGUUUUUGACAGUCAACAUCCAACUCAUAUUUUCUACAUUUUGUAUGAUUUUCAAUUCUUUUUUUUUUUUUUUUUUUUUUGACUGAGAUUAAAGGCUUAAGGAGAUUUGAGUGUGUAGAAGAGAACACAUGGAAACUGUUAUUUUGGGAAAGGGGCAUUGAUGUGAAUCUCAGUUAAAUUUGGAAAUAAAGUUUGGAGAAACUCA